AUGGAAUGCACAAUGGUAGCUGAUGAAGCAAGGCCUAGGAGAUCGAUUGAGUGUAAGCUUCAGGUAUGUAGAAUUUUAUUGCGGCCAUUUGCCAUGGGGUUUGAGCUAAUUGCAGAGAUGGCUCCUCAAAGAAUUGUGGAAAGGUUAAAAGCUGAGAUGGUAGAGAUUGUUGAACAACAGAACCGUAAUAGAGAAGGGCAAAAGGAAAUCAGAGAGAAGUUUAACGAGAUUGAGUUUGAAAGUGAUCAACUCAAAAGGGAAACGUUCCUGAUAUGGCAACAGGCUGCAAGCAAUCAGCAGCGCCUCAAUCUUAUGUUGAAAAUUUUGAAAGCACAGGGCGAGAACAAUUUUCAUGAAGCUUCUAAACUUACUCAGUCUCUUCGGACGACAACAUCAUCCAGUCGAUGGGUUCUUCUUACUAAUAUUGAUAGAGCUUUCACAUUCAGACAUAGCGCUGGUCAUGCAAAAUAUAAUAGGCUCAAUCAAAGAACUCUUGGAUUACCCAACAAUGUAAUUUCCUAUAACCCACCAGAGAUCUUUCAUUGUAAGGUUCCUGAUCUCUUCUUGACUCGGAAAGGCAAUUAG